CUGAAAACUGGGAACCGGAAUUUCGUUCAGUCUGGCAGGCCUUGAGUAUAAAAGUUGGCUUUGGUAAAAGAAAUCUUCGGCGGCGGCGGUGGCUUAUUCUGAUUGGUUGAAUUUCUUCAUUUUCCGGCGGAUUUUAGACAAUUUGCACUCUAUUUUUUUGAAAGGAUAUAUGGUAAGACUCUGGAUGAUGAUAGGACAGAAGAGAACCCCUGCAUAUUAGUUGGAAGAAAGGAAGCAGGAAAGUGCGAUGUAUUCAGAAGCCUGAGAGGUGUCAAAAGGUAUUUAUUUUGUUUUCAAAAUGGAAUUUAUUUUGAGACCAUCCUUAUGCCGUAGAUCUGCCAUUUCUGCUAUAGUGGCUCUGUGGAAUCAAAAAGAUAUCAGAUGUCAUAUUUUAAAUUAUGAAUGGUCAUCAGAUAUUAACAAAAAAGCACAGUGGAGAUUUAUAGAAGAUAAAGUAAUCGAAAAUAUUUUAAUUCUUCCAAUAACUCAAUUCGCUAAACAGAGUUUACUUGAUUUAGUUCAAUUAAUAGGAUCUCAUAUUUUUCAGUGGAAAGAAUUUCACUUGUUUCUUAAUAUAAAUUUGCCAGAUUCAUUUUGUUGGACACCAUAUGGAACAAUUGAUGCUAAAAAGACAGCUGAGAAGUUGCUAAAAGAUGAAAAUUUGAGUUUUGUUGUUCAUUUCAGACUUGCUUGUGUUUAUUGCAUUGACAGUUACAUAUAUAGCUUAUGGCCUCAAGUGCAAAGAUAUUUUACAGAAAAGUUAAUUGAGAAAUUUAUUUUAGAUGAAUCUGCUGAAGUAAUAUUUUGGACAUUUUAUUUAGAAGGAGAAAUGAAUAAAUUAAUGCUUUUAACUGAAUAUGUUGGAAAUAAAAAUGCUUUUGAAUAUGGACUUCAUAAGAGUUGUACUAACAAAUGGGCAGUUAAAUAUUUUGUUGAAAAAAUAAAUGAAGAAAGAAAGACAAAGAUUAUUUUUAACUGUGCUAAGCAUAUAGUUACAAAUCACUGGAAUCGCAAAACAGAUACAUUGAUUUUAUUUCUAUCAUACAUGAAUGGAAACCAACAGGAAGAAUUUUUUAAUCUCUCAGCAUAUGGUGUUUUAGAAUGUUUCUUACUGUGGCCUUGGCAAGAAUUUUUCCUGGAUAUUAUCAAUACUGUGUGGAAUUCAUUGUCUGAAAUAGAAUAUUACAAUUUACUUGAGAAUGUUGCUCAUAAAAUUUCUGUAUUCAAUAGAAGUCAUAUAUAUAUUCAGACUUUUCAAGAGUUAUGGAAUAAUACUGCUCAGAAUUAUAAAAAUUAUAUUAUAACUAAGUGUUAUAAUGGAACAUAUCUCAGUCGCCUUUUUAUGAUAAAAAAUACAGAUCCUAUGAUCAAAUUAAUUUUGUGUGAUGCAACACCUGAAGAAAAACAUAAAAUGAUUUUUUAUGUUGAAGGCCCUAGUAUUUGCUGCUUUUUGUAUCGCGAGAAACGAUUAGAUUCUUUAAAAAUGUUGAUUAAAGCAUGUAUUCAAUCAGAUGACAUAAUGACCUCUUUCAAAGAAAUAUAUCAAACGCAUGCAGAAGUGUGCCCAUAUCCUACAAGUUCAAUAGAAUUGAAUAAUUUCUUCUUGCUGAUAGAUAGUUUCUUAUAACUCUCAUUUUAAACAUAUUUUUCUUUAACCAUCAAGUUUAAUUCUGUGUUUUCAAUGAUGAAGCAUUUUCUGUAUCUCAUAAAAGCCUUCUGUUAAAGCAGUUAGUUUUCUUAUAGUUUGUACAAUUAACUCUCUUCUGUAUUAAAAUUUUCUUGCAUACUUU